AUGGAACCGGACCUGCCUAACCGGACGAUGGAUGCUGCCGAAUUUCAAGAGCCGCCUUCCAAGAGGCGUCGGUUCUCGCCCGAUAACGGCAGUGAAGCCGAUCACGAGGGCAGCAAAGCGCGGCUGGAUGAAAAGGAAAAGGAGAAUGCCCAGCGACUGCCCCAGCCGAAACGCCGCUUCUUCGACGAUGCCGUUGCCAUCCCCUCCCUUCCUCGCCCUCAGACCGCCGCCCAGCCGACCUCCUCCCCCGCUGCGAUGCCUACCAAUGGUGUCAAGUCCACAGCGUUGCCGACGAACAGUUUUACCCCGGCCAAGCCCUCGUCGCCGACACCCGCCUCUCGUCGACCGGCACAGUCAUCACCCGCCCGCCCAGGGCUGUCGAUAACCCCCUCCUCACCGUCGCUCUCGGCGUCGCCCUCGCCUGUUGGCCCGGUGCCGUUUGAUAGCGAACUGUUCGCGGGCAUUAUCGGCCAGGAAGUUGGCCCGGACGUUUUACGGAUUAUUCGAGAGUCCUGUGGCAGUGAUAUGGAGCGUGCCGUCAACAUGUACUUUGACGGGACUUACAAGCUCAAGAUGCAGGCGGCCGCAAGCCGGACGAAUGGUGUUGCAGUACGGCCCAAGGCCGCAUCUGCGUCAACCUCGGCCUCACUUUCAACCUCAUCUAAGCCCUCCAUCUCCAACCAGACGUCUACCAAGACGUCGCCUCGCAAGUCUGUCCUGCAAAACCGCUCUGCCAUCCCCGAACGCCGCUACAUUGGCUGCUUCGGCGUCGAAGGCUGGGCCACCCGCAGCGGCGCCAAUUUGCUCAAGCACGGUGACACCGUCAAGAUUGAGCGCCAGAAGAUCGAGCUGCCCACCAUUGCCGGGACCAAGCAAAGGGCCUCCAAGCUCGGCGCCUCCGUCGUCGUCCGCGCCAACUCGGCUGCCGCUAAGCGCGUAGACGUUAUUGUGCGCUUCACCAGCACCAGCGGCCAGGAGAUUGGCCGUUUGUCGAAAGACACCGCCAACUGGGUGUCGACGCUGAUGGACCAGCGCAUCUGCCGCUUCGAGGGCGUCUGUGUCUACGCGCCCGAGCGGCUGCGGACCAACGACACUGUUGUGCUGCAGCUUCGAUCGUUCCUGUUGCGCUCGGCGUUUGACCAGGCGCCGCUCAAGCCGGCCGAGAACCGCACCACGGGUCUGUUCGAGGAAAAGGAAACCGCCGAAGAGCGGGACCUGCGCCUGCGCCAGUUUGCUCUGGUGCGGCUGUUCCAAGAGGUCAACCUGCUGCCGACACGCGUCAAUGAAGCCGCCGCCAAACGCGGCCGACAGGAUCUGCUGCAGGCGGCAGAGAUGGCCGAGAAGCGAGAGAAGGAGGCGGCCAAGGAGGGCUUGAGGCCGACCCAAGACAUUGGCUCCAGUCAAGCCCCGGGGGGGUCUGAUGAGCCGGAAGACGGCCAAGAGCUGGAGCAGGACCAGCUGGAUGCACUGUACGCCAAGGCACAGUCGUUUGAUUUUAACACGCCCGAGGCCGACCCCCCAGACACCUUUGCGCUCACCCUGCGCACGUACCAGAAGCAGGCGCUGCACUGGAUGCUGUCUAAGGAAAAGGACGAGAGCGUCGAAGAACGGGGCGAGUCCAUGCAUCCGCUGUGGGAGGAGUACGCAUGGCCGUUGAAAGACAUGGACGACAAUGACCUCCCAACGGUUCCUGACCAAGCCAGCUUUUACGUCAACCCGUACUCGGGCGAUUUGUCGCUCGACUUCCCCGCCCAGGACCAACACUGCCUGGGGGGCAUCCUGGCUGACGAGAUGGGUCUGGGCAAGACCAUCCAGAUGCUGAGUCUCAUCCACUCGCAUAAAUCGCCCAUUGCCAUGGAGGCACAGCAGCAGAAGCGGCAGCAGGCAGAGGGCAAGCUGACUAGCCUCGUCGGCGGCCUGCGCCGCAUCCGCACCCGGCUGCCCAACGUUGUCCACGCGCCAUGCACCACGCUCGUUGUUGCUCCCAUGUCGCUUCUCGCGCAGUGGCAGAGCGAGGCCGAGAACGCGUCCGUCGAGGGCACGCUCAAGUCCAUGGUGUACUACGGCAGCGACAAGUCGGCCAAUCUGCAGGCCCUGUGUGCGCCAGACCAGGCGGCUACCGCGCCCGAUGUUGUCAUCACCAGCUACGGCACCGUCCUAUCCGAAUUCACGCAGAUGUGGGCCAAGGGCGGCGGCCAUGAAGGCCACCCGGGCCAGGGCCUGUUCUCGCUCAACUUUUUCCGCAUCAUCCUGGACGAGGCGCACACCAUCAAGAACCGCCAGUCCAAGACUGCCAAGGCCUGCUACGCGCUGCUGGCCGAGCACCGCUGGGUCCUGACCGGCACGCCUGUUGUCAACCGCCUGGAGGACCUGUUUAGUCUGAUUCGCUUCUUGCGUGUCGAGCCCUGGAACAAUUUCUCGUUUUGGCGCACCUUCAUCACAGUGCCCUUUGAGUCCAAGGACUUUAUGCGCGCGCUCGACGUCGUGCAGACCGUGCUGGAGCCGCUGGUCAUGCGGCGCACCAAGGACAUGAAGACGCCCGACGGGCAGCCCUUGGUGGUCCUGCCCACCAAGCACAUGGAGAUUGUCCCUGUCGAGCUCUCCAAGGUGGAGCGCGAGAUCUACGAUCACAUCUACAUGCGCGUCAAGCGGUCCCUGACCGCCAACGUCGAGGCCGGCACCGUCAUGAAGUCCUUUACGAGCAUUUUUGCACAGGUUUUGCGUCUGCGGCAAGUCUGCUGCCACCCCGUGCUCGUGCGCAACAUGGACAUUGUUGCCGACGAGGUCGAGGCCGGUGCCGCAGCCGAUGCCGCAGCCGGUCUUGCCGACGACAUGGACCUGCAGUCGCUUGUCGAGCGCUUUACGGCCACAACGGACGACCCCACGGACGCCAAUGCAUUUGGGGCCCAUGUCUUGGGACAGAUCCGCGACGAGGCUGUGAACGAGUGCCCGAUUUGCAGCGAAGAGCCCAUGAUCCAGCAGACCGUCACGGGCUGCUGGCACUCGGCCUGCAAGGCGUGCCUCCUCAAGUACAUUGACCACGAGACGGACCACCACCGUCUGCCGCGCUGCUUCCAUUGCCGCGAGGUCAUCAACCGGCGCGACCUGUUCGAGGUUGUGCGCCACGACGACGACCCGGACACCGUCGCCGGGCAGCCGCCACGGAUCAGCUUGCUGCGCGUCGACGUCAGCGAGUCGUCCGCCAAAGUGGUGCGCCUGAUCCAGCACCUGCGCGACCUGCGCCGCUCGCGGCCCACCAUCAAAUCGGUCGUAUUUAGCCAGUUUACGUCGUUCAUGUCGCUGAUUGAGCCCGCCCUGCGGCGCUCAAACAUGAAGUUUCUGAGAUUGGACGGCACCAUGGCCCAGAAGGCGCGCACGGCCGUCCUCGACGAGUUUCGCCAGUCCAACAAGUUUACCGUCUUGUUGUUGAGUCUGCGGGCCGGCGGCGUCGGCCUCAACCUGACGACGGCCAAGCGCGUGUACAUGAUGGACCCGUGGUGGAGUUUCUCGGUGGAGGCGCAGGCCAUUGACCGGGUGCACCGUAUGGGCCAGGAUGAGGAGGUGAAGGUGUAUCGGUUUAUUGUACAGGGCAGCGUCGAGGAGAAGAUGCUCAAGAUCCAGGACCGGAAGAAGUUUAUCGCCACCUCGCUGGGCAUGAUGACGGAUGAGGAGAAGAAACUGCAGAGGGUCGAGGACAUCAAAGAGCUUCUCAGUUAA